ACAUUAUCAUAUAUUUAUAUAUCUUUUUAUUCUGAUAUUUAUAUUUUUUGUUUUUUAAAGAAUAUUUAAUUUAAAAUUUUUAAUUUUUUAAAUUAUAUUUUUUUUUUUUUUAAAUUAUACCCUCUCUAUUUAUUUUUAUAUAAUUAUUUAUUUAAUAAUCACUGUAAUAAUAAAAAAUUAAGAUAUUUUUUUUAAUAUCGCAUAGCAACUAAAUAUAUACAAUCAACAAUGUACUCACCAGAAGAUUUAGAAUUCAGAGAACAACAAAGAUUAAGCAAAGCUUUACAAGGUAAAUUGGGAUCACAAACUCACCAUUCAUCAUCAAGAAAAUCAUGGGCUCCAGUUCAAACCAAACCAGUUCAUCAAACACCAGUUAAUACAGCCACCACCCAAUUAGGAUCUAUUUCAAUCUCAGACUCAAAUCCAAAUGUUGAUACUACAUCAAUUUAUCCAGGUGCAAUUGUUGAGGAAAAAGUUAAAUUACAAGAAGCUCAACGUCUUAAGAAAAUGGGUCUUGCCACCGAUGAAAAUGAUCACAUUUCCUCUUCAUCAUCCUCUUCAUCAUUAAACUCAUCCACCUCAUCAAUGACCAAGAGUACCAGCAACCAUAAUAUUGCUAAAGAAACUAGCUCAUCCAAUCUUUUACAAUAUCAAUCACCAACUAGAGUUGCCGGUAGCAUUUCAUCAGAAAACCUCGUCGACAAUACCUCAAUUAAAAACAAUGUUGACUCUCAUACCUCUGAUGAAAAAAUGAAACAAGAAGCCAAAAGACUCGAAAGAUGGGGUUUAAAGAUUAACACUCCAUCCACUCCAUCACCAUCAACCACAUCACCAGCUGCAACUACACCAGCUGCACCAAUUACCCCAACUGAACAAUCUAUUCCAACCUCACCAUUCACAACCAGUGCUGCUGUUUCAGUUAACUCAACUCAUUCAAACCUUUCAACUGCUUCAACUCAACAAUUCCUUGAUCGUGUAGUUUUAUCUGCUAAAUCUGUUAAACAAAUCAUUCAAAAGAAAACAUCAAACCGUGAUAUCACCAUUGCAAUUCUCAUGGAUUUAGUCAAAGAAUCUGCCAACUUUGGUAUGAAUCUUUCUGCCGAUACCUCAAUGUCAUUUGAAAUCUCUCAAAAUGCUGGUAAACUCGCUGGUGCCGUUAAUGAAUUAGUUAAAGAUAGCAAUCACGACAAUAAAAUCUAUGAUGAAAUUCUUCAAAUUUUAGGUUUAUUAUAUUUAGCUGUUGUUGCCAAUUAAAUAAUAUAAAUCAAAAAAUAAAAAAAAAAUAAAAAAAAUAAAAAAAAUAAAACCAAAUAAAAAUAAAAAGUUUUGUAAAUUAAAAUAAAAAUAAAAAUAAAAAUAAUUUUAUACC